CCGAGCAGAUCUUUGGAUCUGUUGGUAUCCUCAUGGCCGACAUGUCUGUACCUGAGCCUACAGUUGCUGUUGCUGUAGUGGUUACAAAAGACAUAGAAGAGGAGACUAAUGAUGACUAUGGGUAGGGAGACUAUGCAGAUGCAGGAGAUUAUUUCAACUGCGGGAGCUGGUAUAGAUGAUAAGCCAGUAGCAAGAGUGUUAUUGUUCAAUUUUAGGGAGGUACAGAGUCAUGAUGAUGAUCAUAAUUCAAUCGAGCGAACGAACCUAAAAACAGUACUGACAUCUCAGAUCGUCGAGGCGGAGGAGUUGUAUGCAGAUGAGAACUUCUUUGCUUCAGAGCCUGCCGCCGUUCCUGUGAUUGCUCAGAUUGUGGAGGCCGAAGAGUUCCCCGAUGUUGAGGUUGGAAUAGAGACUGCAGUUUUACAUGUGCGCGCUGAUACUGAGGAUGGUGUAGAACUUGGAUAUGGAGAUGAGGAGGAUGGAGAUUCUGACGAGUAUGGGGAACUAGACUUUGGUGACUAUUUUGACUGUUGGGGAUAGUUGGAUGAUGAGGAUCAUUCCAUCAUGGAGGAACUACACCAUUCAAUUAUGGAUACUCUCCUUUUUGAGAUUGCUGAUCAGAUGAAUGAUGGGGGGGCGCUUGCUGUGCUGCACCUGACUUUGGAGAUCCUUGAGGCCGAGCAGAUCUUUGGAUCUGUUGGUAUCCUCAUGGCCGACAUGUCUGUACCUGAGCCUACAGUUGCUGUUGCUGUUGAGGUUACAGAAGAGACAGAAGAGGAGACUAAUGAUGACUAUGGGCAGGGAGACUAUGCAGAUGCAGGAGAUUAUUUCGACUGCUUCGAGGGAGCUGGUAUAGCAAUCCAUGAAGGGUUUGUGCAGUUGAAGAGGAGCUCCUAGAGAGGUAAGACACAUCCAGAAAUGUAAUAGCUUUUG